GUGUCUUCCCGUUUCUCGGCAAUCAGGGUCAAUCUUUUGUUCACACAAUCUCAAGGAACAUUACAAACAUUGUACUUCCAUUUUGUUUCGCUCUUUUAAAGGUCAAUAAAUACACUCAACCUCAACCUCCAAAAUGAUGGGCGCCCACUUCAGUAGCUUACUUUCUAGCGUAAUUACUACGCUCAGCUCCACCAAGCAGCACUACAACAUUGUUAAGGAUGACAAGCGCCUUCCAGCGACGUUUCAUGAAGCAGGCCAGGGGCUCCUGGUUAUUGAGGAUGCUCUGCGAUGUGUCGAAAGAAACAACGACGGUCGUGAUAUAGCUGGGGAACCCAAGCACGCUAUGGGUUUGCUGGAGGCUUGCAACUGCAAAGCCAAGUUGUCCGAGGCCAUAUUCCUGGAUGUUGCUCAAGGCCGGGGGAGCGACAGGUUUGAGGAUUACAAAAUGGCUGUGAGAGGAAGGGGAAAAGGCAGCCCGAUAGAAGCCUUGGUAACAGGAAUGAUGAAUGAUGUUUGCCAGAUAGCCAACGACAGUACCAUCGAAGCAGCGAUGAAGGUCGAAAUCAUUUCCUUGCGCACAGCACUCGAAUGGCUAUCCAAGAUGGAACCGUCAGUAUCCAACGAGCAGCCAGGUAGCCAUUUUUCCAACUAUGGCUCUGGUAACCAAUUCAAUACUACUGGAGGCACUCAAAAUAACAACAUAGGCAAUGGCAACCAAUUUCCGGGGGCUAGUUUCAGUGGAACUGUUAAUUUUGGCAGCAAUCAUUGAAUGCAUUUACAUUUUCCCUGCCAUUUUCUUCCAAGGUGGGGACUUUUCCGUAUCGUCAGGAGACCAUCCGAGGAUCAAGC